UGGGAGGGCGAGGCUUCCUUCUCUUCGGCUUCCUGCUCGGAGGGACUUUCCCUCUUUUGCCUCUUCCUGAAGCGAAGCGACGCCGCCUCCAGUCCCGCCCGGCCGGGGGAGUUGCUUUAGCCUCCCUUGCUUUCGGUUUCCAUGCAAACUCUCCGCUUUGGAUGUAGCUCUGCUGCACCUGGAGGACGCCAAGGAUGGCCGGUUCGGGGCCGGGACCUGCCUCCUCCUCCUCCUCCUCCUCCUCCUUUUGCUCCAACUCUCUGCCGCUGCAACGCCUGCCCGAGCCCCUCCUGGCUUUGCUCAGCGACUCGCUGGACCGGGCGCCGCCGGGCAAAGGCUGGAGAGAGCUGGCCCAAGUCGCCGGCAGCCAAGCCGGGCUCAGGCUCAGGCUCAGCUCUCAGGAACUGGAACAAUGCUCUCUCCAAGUAUUGGAGCCCGAAGGCAGUCCCAGCAGGAGCCUCCUUCAGCUGAUGGGCGAAAGGGGCUGCACUGUACUGGAGCUGACAGAAUUGCUGCAGGCUCUGAAACAUACGGAGGCACUUCAGUAUCUCAAUCCUCCAAGUAUAAAGAUAGUUCUAGAACCAGAAUCUCUGACAGCUGUAUCUGGCCAAACGGUGAAGCUGAGCUGCUGGGCAGCUGGUUAUCCACUUCUUCAUUAUCAGUGGUUUAAAGGGGAUAAAAUGGUUCCACAUGGGAAUUCCCCAGAACUGAUAUUCAACCAAGUGAGCGUGGAUGAUGCUGGGUUCUACAUAUGUCGAGUCAACAGUGACUUUUCCUAUGGGUUCAGCCAAUGGGCACGGCUGGAUGUUUCUGAAGGAUGUGGAGCUUGUCAUGGCGGAAAAUCUGUUGCAGUAGAAUGCAGUGAAGAGGACUUGAGCUGUUUAGGAGAACCUGCAGAUCUUACAGAAGAACAGUCAACUGAAAGGCAAUAUGCUGUGGACAAAGUAGCCCUGUUGAUGGGCAACAUGAGUUAUCGCAAUCAUCCCAAGCUCAAGGCUCCAUUGGUGGAUGUUUAUGAACUAACCAACUUGCUUCGACAGCUGGACUUCAAAGUAGUUUCCGUGCUGGAUCUUACUGAACCCGAGAUGAGGAAUGCUGUAAAUGAGUUUUUAUUGCUCUUGGACAAAGGAGUAUAUGGUUUGUUAUAUUAUGCUGGCCAUGGCUAUGAAAACUAUGGCAACAGUUUCAUGGUGCCCAUCGAUGCCCCAAAUCCCUAUCGAGCUGCAAACUGUCUCUGUGUGCAAAACAUUCUCAGACGGAUGCAAGAAAAACAAACUGGCCUCAAUGUGUUUUUACUGGAUAUGUGUAGAAAAAGGAAUGAAUACGACAAUACCAUCCUCGUCCUGGAUGCUUUGAAGGUUACAGCUAACAUUGUCUUUGGAUAUGCCACAUGCCAAGGAGCAGAAGCAUUUGAAAUUCAGCAGUCUGGAUUAUCUAAUGGGAUUUUUGUGAAGUUUUUGAAGGAACGUUUGUUGGAGGACAAGAAGAUUACAGUUCUUCUUGAUGGUGUGGCAGAAGAUAUGGGCAAGUGUCACCUUACCAAAGGCAAGCAGGCUUUGGAGAUUCGCAGCAGUUUAUCUGAGAAGAGGGCAUUAACUGAUCCUAUUCAGCAAACCGUAACCUCAGCAGAGGCAUUGGCACGGAAUCUGCAGUGGGCAAAAGCACAUGAACUUCCUGAAAGUAUGUGCCUUCAGUUUAAUUGCGGCGUCCAGAUUCAGCUGGGUUUCGCUGCAGAAUUCUCCAAUGUGAUGAUUGUCUACACGAGGAUAAUAAAGAAACCACCUGAAAUUACAGUGUGCAAUGCUUAUGUGACAGAUUUUCCUCUUGAUUUGGAUGUGGAUCCUAAAGAAGCAAACAAAGGAACUCCUGAAGAAACUGGCAGCUAUUUGCUUUCAAAAGACUUACCCAAACAUUGUCUCUAUACUAGAAUAUGUUCCUUACAAAAGUUAAAGGAAGACUUAACCUUCACCGUUUACCUCCACUAUGAAUAUGAUGGAGUAGAUGAAGUUGUGGAUGAGAGGAAAGUGGUGAACAUUGGCAAGCCGCUCAUUGCUAAAUUGCGCAUUCAUCAAGGAUUUGGGAAGAAUAGCUGCCUCCAGCACUGUUGUGUGUCUAGUGGGCCUUGUUUUACUCAGUCAUCUGAUGCCGGGCCAGCUGUAUAUCAUCCCUCUCACCCAAAUCAUCACCCACAUUCCUAUGCAGGCUUUCCCCAACCGAACUCUGCUCACCCAGAAGGCAUUUCACAUCCAGCAACAUGCCACUGUGAUAUGACUCCAAAUAGACUGAUGGCGUGGCAGACAACAUGGCCCUAUUCAUUUAGUUCAAACCAAGGCAAUAUGCCUGUGGAAACAACAGAUGAACAGGAAUCUGAUUUCUCGGGAAACUUCAGACUGUCUUAACAGUAGCCACGUUCUUUACAUGGUAGUUUGUUGGUGACAUUCCUCGGGUAGGCCAUUGCAACACUGCUUGUGUGUUUUAGGAUUUGGAAGGAGAGUACUACCACUAGUAGAGAACAUUGGUGUGGAUCUGAACUAAGUUUGGUCACAUGGAGGUUCCACUGAAAUUAACCCUGUCUAGAUUUAUCCCAUAGGGAGUACAGAUCUGUCUGUACUUUUAAAAGUGGCAACUGGGAAAAUGUGUUUCUCCAUUCCCAGAUUUGUCCAUAUUGAAAGCCAGUAGUAAGAAAACUACAAGUCACAUGGGGAUGCAAUAACAGGAAUCAUUUGGUUUAGGCAUUUUCUUGCCUAUCCUCAAAUCUAGCAAUGGGCUUGCAACAUUCAAAGGAUAAUUAUGGGGUAACAGAUAUUGACAGAAAGUUGAUGGUGACAAAUAAUUGAAAUGAGCCUAUUUGGCAUCCGGUGGCCACAUUUGGAAAUAAGAUGUUGGAUAGAGUCUUGGUCUGAUCCAUCAGGGUGGCUAAAAUCACAAUGGUAAUACUCAAAGAACAGACGUCAGAAUACCAGUUAUUAGGGAAGAUGCCCAUCCGGAUGUAGUUAGAUUCAUGUCAUUGUGGGCUUUCCACGGAGCACCAACUUGAUCAUUCUGGAAACAGAAUGCUGGAUUAGAUCAGCAUUUGGUCUGAUCAGUAUAUAUAGCCAAUAUUUCUGGAAAUUUUAGCACCUUGCUUCUCAUACUGGACACAAAACACCCAUGACAGUUUUAUGAGGAUUUUCCUAACCAAUUAGUAAUGUAGCACAAGACCAGCAUUACCAUUUAUAAGACAGGAAGGACAGAGGCUUUUUUGUUUGCCUUUAGAAGCUGUUUCAUUAGAUAGCAAGAGUGAUAAAAUUUUACGACUAGUACUCAUCUAACCUAUAUUAUCUUCAUAAGUUUUUUAAAGCAUCAGCAUUCCUUUCUUACAUGUAAUUCAUCCUUUUGUUACUAUCAGACUUGUGGUUUCUUAAAUUUUGAUUGCUGUUGGCAUCUCGUGGAGAGAGAUUAUUACUUAAGUGUCAGUUCAUCAGAAACCAGCCAUGAAAAAUGCUUCUGGAUCUUUGCACUGAAUUUUGGGCUUGCUGAGAGAGAAAUGUAAAAAUAAAAAUUGAAUACAGAGGUGUUACUGCAUUUAAUAUUAGGGAAACAGUUGGCAUGUGAUUGGGAAGCCAAGACAGCUAGAGAAUCAUUGGGAUCUUGAGGAAGGAGGAGAAGAAGUUGUUGAAGAUAAGAAGCACAAGCAGGACUAAAUAUUUUGGGAGGAAAUAGACAAUGCAUUGUUUAUAUCUCUUCCUAAGAGAGGCUAUGAGGAACAGCUUUACCACUGCUGUAAUCAGGCACAUGAAGGAGGGUAGGGUGUACGAUCAACAAAAUAUGUGCCAGGAUCUAUACCUUCAGAAAUACUCUUUAUUUUCUUUAUUGCAUUUGGAUUCCAUCUUGUUCCCAAUCUGGGACCCAAGGCAGCUUACAAACAAUAAAACAACAUAUGCUAAAAUAUAAUAAAACUAUAACAUGAGCCAUACAAAGUAAUGUUAAAACUUAGAAAAGUUAAAACGAGUACACAAUCAUUCCUGUAUGUCAUUAUUCAUUAAACGGCUAUUUGAACAAGAAUGAUACAUCCAGUUUGUUGUAAGUUGUUUCUGACUUAUGGUGAUCUUAAGGAGACUUAUAGUAAGCUUUCAGAGGUGUUUCUAGCACUGAAAGCAUGCGAUUUGACCAGGCUUAGUUAGGACCCAAACCAUAUCGAGCAGGCAUGGGCAAACUUCGGCCUUCCAGGUGUUUUGAACUUCAACUCCCACAAUUCCUAACAGGCUGUGUGGUCUUAAUAGUCAAUCUUAAUUUUGUUCACAGCUCUAUUUUAUAAUCCCAGAACUUGCAUUGUAUGUCUCACCUGGUAAACCAAAUUCUCUUUCUUACAGCACAGUAUGAUCCAGAAGUUUGCUUUCAGUUUGGAAUUUCUGACUUCAGUUUUUUAGGCACUUUAGCGGUUUCAGUCUCCAACUGGGCUAGCAUUUGAUACACUCCAUAAACAUAAACCUCUGUAAAUUUCCUAGUAAUUCUUAAGUAUUUAUGUUAACACCAGUCUAAGAUUAGCUGAAUGCUUUUGGUAAAUAUAUAUCAUAUUCAUAUUUGUUUUUUACUUAUAAAGGAUGAUAUUUAAUCUGGCAUAUAUGUAAAUACUUAAAAGCAUGAUUGUUGACACAAUUUUCUGUUACACCAUAAUUGGUAGAAAUGUAUUUAAAAACUCAAUAACUAUGUUUUUUAGCUAUCCAGGUGAUUUAAAUAAAUUAUUCAGUUUUAUCAAUAAAUGAUUUACAUUUUCAUCA